ACAACAGAACAGCGCUGUAACGUUCAGCUAUUCAGCAUUCAGCUAAACUGAUAUGACAUAUAGGAUGACCAAUAAUAUUUGUUAACAAUCAAAACAACGAUUCAAGACUAAGAAACAAUGGCAGGUAAAACAGAUUUCUGAGUUCAGUUGACUUUUCAAGAGUAAACAUUCAUCAAAAGAGUUGUCAAAAGUGAAACUAAACCUUCAAUUCAAAAAGCCAUAACAGAGAAAUAAGCUGCGAGAAAUGGCCUCUAAAGCUUCUCUCUCCGAGGAUGAUUACUCCUGUUCAGUAUGCUGUGACAUCUUCAAGGAUCCUGUGGUCCUGUUGUGUAGCCACAGCUUCUGUAAAGCCUGUCUAGAGGAAUACUGGAAACAGAAGAAAUCUUGGGAAUGUCCAGUCUGCAGAACAAAAUCAUCAAUGGAAUUCCCCCCCUGUAACCUGGUUUUAAAGAACCUGUGUGAGGCCUACUUACACGAUAGAAGCCAGAGAGCUUCAGCAGGGUCUGAGGUGCUCUGCAGUCAACACAGUGAGAAACUCAAGCUCUUCUGUCUGGAGGAUAAACAGCCCAUCUGUUUGGUGUGUCAAACUUCGAAAAAGCAUAAAAGUCAUGACUGCUGCCCAAUAGAUGAAGCUGUACUGGAUCAUAAGGAGGAACUCAAGACUUCACUGAAGCCCUUACAGGAGAAAUUGAAGGUCUUUGGAGAAGUUAAACUGAUCUGUCAUAAAACAGCCAACCACAUCAAAAGCCAGGCCCAGCACACAGAGAGGCUGAUUAAGAUGAGGUUUGAGAAGCUUCAUCAGUUUCUAUAUCAUGAAGAGAGAGCCAGGAUAGCUGAACUGAAGGAGGAAGAGGAGCAGAAGAGUCAGAUGAUGAAGAAGAAGAUUGAGAAGAUGAGCAGAGAGAUAUCAUCACUUUCAGACACAAUCAGAACCAUAAAGGAAGAGCUGGGAGCUGAGGACAUCUCAUUCCUGCAGAACUACAAGUAUACAGUGAAAAGAGCCCAGUGUACACUGCCAGAUCCAGAGAGGGUUUCAGGAGCGCUGAUCGAUGUGGCAAAGCACCUGGGAAACCUGCAGUUCAGAGUCUGGGAGAAGAUGCAGGGAGUAGUUCACUACAGUGCUCCCGUUUGUCCUGAGCUGCCAGAGUCUCCCGUCUGUCCUGAGCUGCCAGAGCCGCCGGUCAGUCAGGAGCUGCCAGAGCCGUCCCUCACUCCGGCGCUGCCGGAAUCGCCCUUCACUCUGGAGCUGCCGGAGUCUCCCGCUUGUCCGGUGCUGCCGGAAUUUCCCGUCCAUUAGGGACCCAUUGCUAGGGUCCCCAGUCCAAGGUCGGUGGCGAGGGUCGCCGUGUUAAAGAGGCAACGGAGGCGGGGUAAAAGGUUGAUAAAGACUAUGGUGGAGUCGGGUCCACGUCCCGCGCCAGAGCCACCACCGCGGACAGACACCCACCCAGACCCUCCCCUAUAGGUUCAGGUUUUUGGGGGGCGGGGGGGGGGGGGGUACUGUCACGUUCUGACCUUAGUUCUUUUGUUAUGUCAUUGUUUUUAGUAUGGUCAGGGUGUGAAUUUGGUGGGUUUUCUAUGUUCUUUUUUGUAUGAUUUGGGAUUUCUGUGUUUGGCCUGGUAUGGUUCUCAAUCAGAGGCAGCUGUCAAUCGUUGUCCCCGAUUGAGAACCAUACUUAGGUAGCCUGGUUUCACAUUUGAGUUGUGGGUGCUUAUUUUCUGUUCUGUGUUUUAGUUCACUGUUCAGGACUGUUUCGUUUAUCGUGUUUAUUUUUUUGUUGAGUAUUCGUAAAAGGCAUAAUGAAUACUUACCACUCUACACCUUGGUCCUCCUCUCUUUUUCCCAACGACGAACGUGACAAUAUAACACAAAACAUACAACAUAUAGCAUUAUAUAUCAUAUACAGUAAUGUAUUCCCCCUUCAUAUUAAUUAACAUAGUGUGUUUGUGUUCUCUCUGUCCAGCUCCAGUGACUCUGGACCCCAAUACUUCCCACCCACAUCUCAUCCUGUCUGAUGAUCUGACCAGUGUGAGAUACAGUGAUGAGAAACAGCAGCUUCCUGACAACCCAGAGAGGUUUGAUGAGGAAGAAACUGUCCUGGGUUUUGAAGGUUUUAACUCAGGAACACACAGCUGGGACAUUGAUGUUGGGGAGAAUAUAUACUGGUACCUGGGUGUGAUCACAGAGUCUGUCCAGAGGAAAGGAGACAGUGGAUAUUGGGAUGGAUCCUGGGGUGUGUUGUUUGGUGGUGGUGAUUAUAAAACACAUGUACCAAAGCAGCCACUCACUCCCCUCACAGUGAGACAGAAUCCCCAGAGGAUCAGAGUGCAGCUAGACUGGGAAGGAGGAAAGCUGUUAUUCUCUGACCCUGUCAAUAACACACAUCUACACACAUUCACACACACUUUCACUGAGAGAGUCCUUCCAUUCAUCUGCACUGGCUUUUGUCCCCUCCCUCUCAGGGUUUUACCAGGGAAGGUGUCAGUGGAUACUGUCUCUGUCUGAAUCAGGGACUAACAGGAUGUAAAUGAUUCAGUAACACUCACUGAUGUCCUUCAUUAAGAUUCUCACAGAGGGAGGACACACUGUGAUGUAGUAGAGGGGACCUUCGUCCAUUAAGAACACUCCUGUUGUCACACUUUCACCUGUCUGAUAAUCAUCACUAUUAUAAUGCUCUAUUACAAUAACCACUAAUAAUAUUACAAUAACUGCUACUAAUAUUACAAUAACCACUAUUCAUAUUAUAAUAAUCACUAUUACUAUUACAAUAAUCACUGUUACUAUACAAUAAUCAAUAUUAAUACUAUUUAUCUAACACUUUCACCUGUCAAGUUUCCCAACAUUUUAGUUGUGUGUUAACAGAGAUUGGUCAAACAGUGGUAGUCAUCACUGUUAUAGAAUAUAAAUGUCACCUGUUGGUUGUUGGGUUUUCUUUUUACCACAUUUAGAUGUUGUCACUGGUUAUGUUAACACUGGCAUGUAUCCCAGUCAACUUGGGCUCCCUGAAAAACAUUUGCUGUACAGUGUUGUGGCCUUGGACCAAGACUCCGUUAACUAGCUUAUUUAACACCAACACAUGUAACACAUGUCUAUGGAUUGUAACACAUUUUCAUCAAAUUAACAUGUUCAAUUAUC